AUGAAACAAGGUAACGGGGCCACACACUCCAUUCCCCACAAUGUGCCCUUCCGACGCAUUGUUAUUCUUUCUGACUAUGGAUCACCUUGGCUCAACGCGGUAACGGCCGUAACAUGCGCAACGCUGCCAUGUCUUUCGGCACUCUCCAAUGGGUGGUGUGAGAAGCGUGGAAACGUUGUUGUUGCCAGUAAACUGGAUAGCCCGCGCGUCCUCAUUCCGGCCGAGGCAGGUGUUGCACCGGACGGCACCUCGUGCUCGUCACUUUCCUCGUUAUCUGCAGUGUGUCGGGAUUUAGCUGACGGCCGUAACAUUGCCAGUCGUAUCUUUUUUACCGCGGAUGCGGCCAGCAAUCCGCGAGCGCAGACUUUUGCACCAAGCGUGGAAGAUGACUUGUUUGUGUAUGUGUCGGCGUGGAGUGGUGAAAAGGACGCCGCCCAUCUUGCUCUUCGUUCCCUUUCCAACAUGUUUGGUGCCACCAGCUUCGGCAUUGGCGCAUCGGGUGUCCUCACAGGACCGUGUGGCGUUCCUCGGCUUAUUAUUCUGGCAGACGAAUCCACACGAAACUCAGUCUGCGAAACUGCUCGGCAUCUCAGCAAUUGGUGCGUCCUCUCGUGCAUUGUGCCAAGUUUCGCUCCCCCGGCCUUCAACCACCAGCUUGCUGCUUCGGUCGUGCGGGAAUGCGAUGUCGUAUGCGGGGUUCUGGAGUGUGUUGCGCUCGGCGUGGCUCUGGGAACGGUAAAGCGACUUCCGUUCGGUUUUAUGGACCCCGUAUGUGUUAUGCCCCUUGAUGCUGCUAUCAGUACUGCUCUGAUUGCAUUCCUGCAGCGUUUGAAAGGGGGUCCUGCAGCAGUCUGUGGGGGUACGAGCGCCACUAUUAUUAUAGGCUCUCCCAGUGACAGCGCUUUCGUGUGGGGCAUGUUUGCUCAAUACCUGAUGGAUUAUUAUGGUCGUGUGGGUCUUCUCGCACUGAAGGAAUCCCAGUUACGUUGGCUGUUUGAUACCUCGCCAGCGCUGCAGCUGAAUGCAGACUUUAUGAAUUGGGUGAACUAUGGCACAUCGACAAUGAUGCCUUUUCGGUGCUACUAUGAUAAUGCCGCGGCGCGGCGCCGGAAGCAGUUGAUGGAGCACUAUCCCCAUUCAAAUGUAGCUAGGAAGGUUUGUGGGACAUUAACGAACAUUGACACGCGCAUCCACAAUAUGGUAAAGUUGACUCAACACUCUGAGCCAACAGGGCAACAUGAUGGCGAGCGGGUGAACAAGCAGGGGAAGCCCAACACGGCGGGGUUUUACAGUGACUUGCUUCGGGCUGUAGAACAAGAUGCCGCGUUACGGCCUCUCUACCCGUACAUCUCGUUGAGUUGCAUAAGGUGGGAUGUUUUUGUGAAGGUUAUUGCCCAAUCCGUGCUGGAGCAUGCGGCACGCCAGAUCGCAGGGCAUCCAACUGUGGUCCCUCCGCCUCUUCCUUUGUAUCAUAACGACAUCAUAUUUUACGGCCCGCAGCGGGCUCCGCGGAACUGUCUCCUCACUCGAUUCUUCCCAGAAAGCGUUCGGUGGGCACAGCGCUCAGGUUUACGGCCGAACGGGGUGCUUGUAGCGGCAGAACCCGGGCUCACAGAAGAGUCAUUGGCGUGUAUACUUCAGCGCCCAAGUAUAAUUCAGGUGGUUAAGAAAACUGCAAAAGCAGAGGGCGUAACGGAGGAAGAUGUCUUGAGGCGGGCGACAGCAAUCUUGCGCGGUAUGGGUGAUAAUCUGAAUCAGCUCAAUGUCCGCGUCUUCGGCCUUAUGGUGCGGAAGGCGCUGUUCAGGCUCUUCGACAGAGUGAGCCUGAACGCCUCCGCCUUCGAACGGCUCCAUGCUGCAACUACGCAACCGAGGACCCAUGUCAUGUUGCUACCAGCACACAGGUCAUAUAUAGAUUUCAUCAUAAUGACCUAUUUGCUCCUGGUGAUGGGUCUGACCCUACCGCACGUAUGUGCAGGUGAUGAUUUCCUUCGAAUGGGCCAGAUAACUAAAUUGAUGCGUGGUAGCGGCGCCUUUUUCAUACGGCGGACAUUCCGCGACGAUCCCCUGUACACUGCACUCUUCAAAGAGUACAUUCACAACCUUGUCCUUCGAAAGCAAAUGAUCGAAUUCUUCAUUGAAGGAACUCGAAGCCGCACGGGCAAAACGCAACGCCCCAUGCUCGGGGUCCUAAAGUUCAUUGCCGACACCUUGGUUAACGCACAAGAGGCUAUCGAUGACGUUUGCAUCCUUCCAGUCAGUUUGUCUUAUGAUGAACUACUAGAAACGAAGUUGUAUGCGGCGGAGCAGCUCGGGUUGUCAAAACCAAGGGAGAGUGUUGGAAACCUUGUGCGUGCAAGUUCCGUGCUCAGCAGGAGGCAUGGGAAGAUUCAUGUCCAUGUUGCCGAACCCCUCUCAUUGCGAUCCUUCUGCCACAAUCCAAGCCAAUGCCCCGAGGGGUUUGAGCCGGUAACAGGAGGAGUUACAGCCGCAGCGCCUAACAAAAGUAGCGAUGGCGAGGGAGCACGUAGUCCGUCCCAUAUCCCUAAGCAGGUUUUAACGAACAUCGCGUGGCACGUAACGCACACUCUACAAGACAAUACAAUCAUUACGCCAACGGCAUUGCUCGCUGCAGUUCUCGGAACCCUUUCCCCUCCGGCAGGGUGCAUGUCACUUCGGGAGGCGCAAGCUAAGAUGUUGUGGCUCCGUGACCACAUUAUUAGGAGAAGAGCUCACGUCAGUGAAGAUUGUGUAAAUAAUAACGGUGAGGAACUUUCUCGCAUGGCUCUCUUUCAUCUUGCGGAGUUUGUAGAGACGCGGGUUGAAGCUGGUGAGACAUGGGUGGCUAUGCGCCAAGACAGCAGGGCUCCAUUGGGCGUGGCCAUCUGCAGCAACCAGUUAAUCCAUGUGUUUGUGGACGAAGGCGUUGUGGCGUUAGUAGCGCGUGCGUCAGGGGAGCUCAGCGACAACAAAAAAACAGCGCGUGUGUCAACUGAUCUCUUGAAGCGUGAAUGUGAGCUGCUGCGCACGUUGCUCGCAGGGGAGUUUCAGGACUACCUUCCUUGGUGCCCAUAUACAUAUGCAUCAUGGUUCAAAUAUGCUGUAACACGGCUACUCGCUCACGAUGACAUCCACAACGAUGGGACAGUUACUUUAGAAGGAGGCGGUUCCGCCGAAAGCACCAACAAGGUGAAAAAAGGUGGCACAUAUGCGGUUGCGAGUGAACCCCGCUUGCAUGACAGCGAAGAUAUCGUGAUUCACUUCACACGCCGGUUUCGAUUCAUUACCGGUAUCCUCUAUCCAUUUGUAGAGUCCCUAUAUGUUGUCAGCGUUGCAGUGGCUGCCGUUGCUGAAACACAUGUAGAACAUCUGCUUCGUAGGAGACCACUGUUGUUGGCAUGUCAGAAAUGGGCCUUGGAACUAUGCAAUGAGAAGCGACUUGUUGUGCAUAUACAAUCCUGUGGAAGUGUUGCGCUGAAGAGUGCCUUCACCAGCAUUAUGGAAUUCAUUGGUCUCAAGUCGCGUACCGAAGAAAAGGACCUCGUGUACAUCCUUCCAAUACCACCAAAUGGUCUGGAAACGCAAUUGCAGCCAGUGACGGAGCAGUUGAAGAAGUUACUGCGCCCCCUCAUAGAAGUAAAAGAGGAGGAAGAGCGAGAGGCGCGAAAUCACAUGGUUAACGUCUAUAAAAAAAUCCAAAUGAGUUCCAAGCGGGCAUCAAGGAUGUAG